AUGCAGUUCACUCUUGCCGCUGCUGCUCUCUUCUUCUCCGCGGCUUUUGCUGCCAAGGCCACCACCGAGCAAUACCAGUCUGAUAUUACCCUUCUUGAGGCUGAUGGCUGCUCCACUGCCAAAUGUAUUGCUUCUCUUGCCGGUGUCACUGCUGCUUGCGGUGCUGCUGCCGUUGAGGCCGGUCUCGACCCCUUGGCUGACCUUGCCUGCUUUGGCUCCGUUGGUGCCUCCUACGCCAACGAUGUGUGCACUGGCUGUUUUUAA